AUGGAUGCAGUAGUUUUGCCGAGUGUUCAAACGACUGAGUAUGUUCUCAAAAAGUAUCAGAUGCUACGGUAUGAAGCCAAUGCACAGGUUAAACUGGUAUUGGUUUCGGGUAAAGCCGAAAUAUUUGGUACAGAGCUUGUAUGUGGAACCGAACUUAUCAUGGAAAAUGGUCAAAGGGGAACCAUCGUUACAUUUCACGGUUGCAAAAUCUUGGUGAGGGGCUCUGGACUUGACGCUUUUGUGAUGACGGCUGUUGAGGAUCAUGACCUCCCUCAUGUUUACAUGAAUAUUCAUGCAAACCUUCAGGUUGCCCGAAAAAAGGCCACGGAGGAGCAGUCUCGUGGACCACGUGUCCUUGUUUGUGGACCGGAAUGUGUAGGAAAAUCCGUACUAUGUAGAACAUUGGCUAAUUAUGCUACCAGAAGAGGGUCAAAACCAAUUCUUGUUGACGUCAAUGUUGGUUUAAAUCAGGUGUGUAUUCCUUCUACCAUUGCAGCACUUGCCGUUACUAAGCCUUACGAUCUUUUGGAAGGGUGGGGGCUUGAGGAAGAUCCUCUAGUCUUUUGUUUUGGGCACCUUGAUCCUUCAGCAAACCUAAAUCUCUUUAGGGAGCAGGUGAGCCAACUUGCUGACCUAGUUAACAUAAGAUCGGAAAAUGACAGCAAAGUUUUCUCAAGCGGGUGUAUCAUUAACAUGGGCGGAUUUUCUAAAACAGCCGACAGAAAACAAGCUGGCUUGGAAGCCAUUCGUACUACGGCAUCUGCGUUUGAGGUGGAUAUUGUGCUUGUGAUUGAAGAUGGCUUCUUAAGCACCUUUCUGCACGAGGAUCUGUCGAAGGAAGUGAAAAUUAUUCGUCUUCCAAGAUCAUCUGGUGCUGUUAAUUGUAGUCCCGAGCAGUGUAUGUUGCAACGCGACUUACGAGUGAGCGCUUACUUCCAUGGCGAAAAUCUCCAGCGGAGAUUGCAUCCUCACCACUUGAAGCUGAAUGCUAGUGAGUACACCGUGUACAAGGUCGGAAAUGAGGUGAUACCCGAUUCUCUGCUCCCCCACGGUGCUCGGGAUGCUGAAGAAGAGACCAAGGGCUGGCGCACGCCUAUUGCAUUAACUGUGAGUCGGGACACGCUCAAAAACCGUCUUCUCGCUGUUUCCCAAGCAACGGAGCUUGAACGAAUCCCCUCGUCCCCCGUUUAUGGUUUUGUGGUGGUCUUAUCUGUUGCCGAUGAUCGAUCUUCAUUCAAUGUCCUCUCUCCUUCACCCGAGCUCCCUCCUAACAAUCUCCUAGUUGCCUCUAUUUGCUAUGUAGAUCCUGACGGUGCUUGA